AUGUUUUCCUCAAUUAAUUUUCUAUUUUUGAUAUCGCUGGCGGUCACGACGUGGAUCAUUCUCUGCUAUUUCAAACAAAUUGAACUACAGAGGGAAGAGAAAAUGACUGUUGAGGUCAAAAUGGAUAACACAUUUGAAGAAAGCCUCAAGCCGCACGUGUGCCUGGACAAUUAUGACAUCUAUUUGAACUUUCUGGGUGUUUUUGCAUGCAUUUACGCCUUGGCAAAAGUAGCCUCGCUGGCUGAGAGCUACGUCGCACACCACAUGCACACCCGCUUCAAGCACGGAAAGCUCUAUGCCAGCCGGCAUGUAGUGGAGCCUACGACUAUCGACGAAUAUGGCAUACAACAUCUACAACUUAAAAUGCAGAAUGAUUACUUGGAGAAGCAGAACGCCAAUUUAGAGCAGAAGGUGAAGCAGCUAGAGCAGAUGAAUUUCAUGAUGGGAGGGAAAGGACACGUCUGCGGCGCGGUGCCGAACUGCGCAAGCAAACUCUAUCAACCAAACGAUGUCAAUAGCAAGAAGGAAGGCAUCAACAACAAAUCUAUACCGCAAGUUAUACCGCAGGCCUGCGUGUGUGGGGGAGGCAAUAGUGUCCCGAGUGCUGUAUGCAAUGGCGCAGCGGCUGUCAAUGGACGAGUUGAAGAUGCUGCCAAAGAAGACCCUGCUACAGUCGGAGGAGUAAUCAGAUUUCGGAAUAUGCUCAUACAAGAUCGUCACUAUCAACUGACACGGCAGGUAUAUGUCGAUGACGGCAGUCUAAAGUUGCAAUUUCAAGACUUUCACCAAGAAGUUGGCAGCAUACCGCAAAUUUGGCAAAAAUACUUGGAAAUGCAAAAAUAUGCGGUACAAAAGCCGACCAGGCUUGAGACGCCAGCAGAAGUGGCAAAUAGUGUGCCUAUUGUUGUAUCCACUGAAGAACUACAAUGGUUGAAAGGUACCACCGCCCAGCAGAGAGGCAAGCGCCAACAACAGACGACCCAGUAUCCCACCACCAACUCAAUGGCAACCGCAUCGACCCGUAGGUUCUGCUACUAUCACACAACACAGCCACACAUACACCACAUAGCACAAACAACAAUCGCUUUACCCAUGCAAGUUUCCUAUAAAAAUGUAUUGGUUUGUCUUCUGUGUUGGCACUUGUAAUGCUGGAAGCAGCGAGUUGGCACUGUCUAUAUUUUUCGGCUUUGGUUCUUUAUCACAUCUCAAUAUUUGCAGGAUGCGUUUUGACAAAUUCAAAUAAUAUGGAAUACUGAAUAACCGAAAACCGUUCGCUGCAUUUUUUAUUUCUAAAAGCCGUUACAUUGCCAAUGUGAUGAACUUCCGGCUUUUUGAGUUGCCGCCGUUGAAAUUCCUGGCUGCAUCCAAAUAAAUUUUUUGUACUUUAUGUUAUAUAUUUUUAUAAAAUAUGUUUUAAAAAAUGGUAAAUAUUUGAGUGGAUAUAUAAAUUAACUAAU